AAAACAACCUAAAAAAACGCACUUCAGUUUUAAAUUAUUAUCAUUAGCUAUAUUUUUAUGUUUUGUGAUCAUUAUAGUGGCUGAUAGUUAAUCACUCCUUCAAAUAAAUUCAAUUAUAUCUUGUCUAAACAAAUUUAACUUGCUUACCCACAAAAUAACACUAAAAACCUAUAAAACUAUAUUUGUGUUCUGUGCUAAAAACUAUUAAAAAGGUAAGCAAAGUGGUGAAAAAGAGUAUGUCCAUGUACGGGGAUCCUUCUUUGGCGGACCUGCUGCCUGCUUACUAUUGUAACAAUAUCAUUCCUAAUAGGAGAGGACAAGAGUCCAGCAGUAUAUGUAGAACCAUUUGUACUCAUCUACUAACACUGAUCCUUGCUAUAGGGAUAUGUUCAGGAGGAUAUCAUUACUAUCAAAACAUUUAUCCUUCAUUAAAUAGACAAACAUUCCCGAACAUUCAAAAUCCGAUAGCAGAUAAUUAUCCCGCCUAUGAUGCUAAUAAAGUGGAAGAAUCUGGCGUUAGUUUAGUGGUGGAAAACUUGAAUAAGGACAUGGAGAAUUUUAGGAACGAGUUAUUGGCCUUGAAGAGUUGGAGAUCCACGAUAAAUACAUACCUGACAAAAUUACAAUGGGAAGAGGACAUAAAAAUAAGCAAUGCGAUCGAAGAGGCUCUGGAGAUGCACGAUGCGGACGGAAUCGGCCUUAUGGACUAUGCAGCCUCUUAUGCAGGAGGAACGAUUUUAGAAAUUUCCAAAGACACCAGACCGCAUCCGACCCAUAGACCGCUCUCGUUUUUUAAAAUAGUGAACGUCGACUUGUUGAGUAGCCCGGAAGAGGUUAUUAGACCGUGCGUGUUGCCCGGAAGCUGUUUCGCUUUUAAAAGUGAAACUGCUUCCAUUAGAAUCCGCCUUGGUAAACCAAUAGUUAUCGGAGGUGUAACCUUAAGUCAUGCCUCAAGGUACUUGAUUGGUACCGAAGGCAUGUUAAGUGCCCCAAAAGAUUUUGAGGUUUAUGCUUAUGAGGAUCGGUUUGACAAUAUCGGAGUGUACCUAGGGAAGUUUACCUACGACGUAAUGGGGAAACAGCAUCAAACCUUCAAAGUGAAAUCUAAGAAUGACGUUUUUGAGGAAGUCGAACUGGUUAUUCUCAGUAAUUACGGUAAACCCGAGUAUACGUGUGUGUAUAGGUUUAGGGUUCAUAAGAAAGAUAAAGGGACUGGUAGUGAUAAGGGCUCCUCCACCCGUGAAGAAACCACUAAAAAACGAGUUAAAAAAUGUUGUUGAUUUAACAAGUUAUUCAAGUUUUGGUUCAUAUAUUAAAUAACGUGUUUAACUAGG